AUCUCAUAGUACCCGAAAAAAACCGAGAAAAUUAAGCCCCGUCUUUUAAAAAAAAAUCGAAACCUAGGGUUUUUAUUCUAUUUUCACUUCAAUUCGUUCUUCUUCUCAAUCCCUUUCUGUUUCUCUUCUACAAUUCGUUGAAAAAUUUAGGUUUCUAGGGUCACUGCUGUAGAUCUGAUAGUGCUAUGCUUUUGAACUGUCUCAAAACCUAGUUCGUGGCAAAAAGGGGCUAAUUUUAGGGUUUGGAAAUGUCAGUUGAGGGAAUCAAAUGCAAUGGGGAGGUGAAGCAGGAGGUUUUGUCAUCAAACGAGGGGUUAUUAACGUACAGGAGGAGGAAAAGGAUGAAGACGGCGGUUAAAUCGAGCUAUCCACAAGAAUGUUUGGAGGUUUCAGCGGACGAGGAGGGUAUUCAUUUGGCCUCCAGUCAAGGGAAAGGUAAGGAUUUCGGCUGGCAGCACGGAAAGAUGGUUGAUGGCAAUAGGUAUCAUUGGAAAUGCAACUGGUGCAACUUUAUUGGGCGUAGUGGUGGAGUUACUAGGCUUAAAAAACAUCUUGCUGGUGGAUGGCAUGUAAAACCAUGCCGAAGGGUUCCAAGACAUGUUGCACACACUAUGAAUAAUCACUUAAAAGAAUUGAAAAAGAAAAGACUCUUCAACAGGAAGAGGAAGAGUGAGCAGGAUUACAUUGAUGCAACAAACUCAGGACGUCCUCCAUUAGAUAUUUUUCCUGAUGUGGGUAAUGAACAAGUUGGUUUGAGCAUGGUCGUGGCUAAUGGCACUGAGCAAUCUGGAAGAGCUGCCCAAAGCUUUGAAACGGAGAGUCAACAGUCGAGGGAUUCUUAUCCAGAAUCAAAAUUCGCAACACAACAAUCGUUUGACAUGGCAAAGGUGAACGAUGCUUUUCAAAAAUCCAUCAGAACUGCUAGAAGAAACAGGAGUGCUAAUCGUCGAUCAAGGACUUCCUAUAGAAGGUCAAGGACUGCCAAUCAACAACCUAAUGCUGAUAUUGUUGAGCAGCCUACAAAGGAACCUCACAACACAGUGUUACUUACUGAUUUAUCCAAGCAAGGUGACCUUUCUAGCACAGAUAGGCACUGGAAGAGUGUGUUGCAACACAUGCUGCAAUUGUUAGAUGCCCAUGAAGGUGGUGGUAUUGAGUGCAGUAUCAGUGAUGCACUAACUCAUUUUGAUAGACAUAAAAGCCAUUUUCAAAUGCCAGGUCAGUCUAUAAGGAGGGAUAUUCCUGAAGAUACCUUAGUGAACAUAUCGGACACUGGGACCUUUGACCAGUUGGAUGCAAUUGCUAAUAAGCAGAAGUGUCAAAAUGCUUUCUUUAAAAUUUUAUGUUCAGAUAAGUUUGCUUUGUUGUGCAAUUUACUUUGUGAAAGCUUCCAAGGCAUCAACACAGAGAAAUUAUUCGAGAUUAGCCAAAUUAACUCCAAAAUGAAAAUGGGGGUUUAUGAACUCUCACCAGAAUUAUUUAAUCAAGAUCUUCAACAGAUUUGGAGAAAAUUUAAAAAAGUUGGUGAAGAGAUGGUUCUUCUUGCAAAUUGUCUUUCAAACAUGUCAGAGGAGGUUCAUCAGAAGCAGGUCGGAGAUGACUUGGCAGGGGAAGCCUGUCUGAAGAAAUGUGAGGAGAAUUCUCAGGUUGUUGCAGCAAGGAAUUCCAAUGAAUCAGAUACCGGGACACAGUUCCCCUCCUGCGAAUCAGUUCCCUCCAAUAAAGUAGAUCAAACCGAGGCUUCCGGUCUUUACAAAAUUUGUACUUGCAAGCAAUGUGGUAAUGAAGCGGAUCUUGACAGCAGUCUUACAUGUAUUGAAUGUGAGGCUGUGUACCAUUUUUCUUGUGCUGAUCCUACCGUCCAAGAAAUCUCCACUAGAACUUGGCACUGUACUUCCUGUGCUAAGGAAAGAACACAAUCAUCUGAACCUCCUGUAAAGAAUACUGAAGAUAAUGGAAUACACGACAACUGUGCAGUAUGUGAGAGGCUUGAGAUCUCUGAGCCAAAAGAGCUCAUCAAUGAUAGUGACAGGACUGCAGUAGCUAAUGCCUCGAGGGAGAGCUCGGUUUCCAGUAUGGAGUCUGAUGAGCUGCCGGAACCAUCAAGGACUGCUUUGGCUCGCUUAUGCAAGCACUGUGGAACAUGUGAAGAUGAAGACAAGAGAUUUCUAAUAUGCGGGCAUAGCCAAUGCCCUUACAAAUAUUACCAUAUCAGGUGCUUGACAACUAGUCAGAUAGCAAGCCUUCAACAGAUAGGCCAGCAUUGUUGGUAUUGCCCUUCUUGUCUCUGUAGAGCUUGCUAUAGUGAUAGAGAUGAUGACCUGAUCGUCUUGUGCGAUAAUUGUGAUGAGGCUUAUCAUACAUACUGCAUGAGACCUCCUCAUAGUUCGAUUCCCAAGGGUCAAUGGUAUUGUUUGAAGUGUAAUGUAGUGAGGGCUAAAGAAGGAAUGAGAAGGUAUGAGAACUUGGUCCUACAACUGCAUGGAAAGAAGGAUCUGAAGCAGGGAAAUGAAGGUAAUCGAUCAAUGGAUGUGCUACUCAGUGCUGUGGACAAGUUGAGCUCUGAAGAGAAUUUGGCAGCCGGAAAGAAUCAAGAGUGAGAUGAAAACGUCAUUGUUUGUAACUUGCCCGCUUCCUUGGAUGUUUUUCUUCGACUUCCAUGAGUUCAGUACUCCCUUGCUAUCAAGUCUCUUUAAUGCGUGUAAUGUUGGAAUCUGGAGUGGAAGAAGAGAGUAACAAAUGUAACAAUUUUGGCAAAAGUAUGGUAGCGGAAGAUGCUUAGUUCUUUAUAAAAUACUGAAGUGCUUCUAUACAAUUUCAAGAAAUUUCUAGGCAAUACGAUGCCACUGUAUUCAUAUUAUGAUUUGUUGAAUCAUCAUGAAGAGUGCCAGUUCUCUAGCAGAUGAUUGAGGCUCCAGCAUGAUUCCCGUUGGUUUCUAUGACAAGGACCUUCGAUUUUAAUGCCUUGUCAUUCAUGAUUAUCGACUUGGGACUUGCUUUGCUGAAUGCAUCUCCAGCGUGAAGAGGUCAACAAGUCUCUAGCUUUUCUUGUUCCAAAUGAGUGUUUGUUCCUCCUUCGGAAGUAUGAACUGCGAAGGGGCCGGUAUUUAAUUUAGAUGAAAUUCGCUUGAAAUUUUUUGUUUUGUUUUUUUGCCAGGUGAUUUAUACCAGAAAGAAGAUAUUGUCAAUACUGACCUCUUUUUCAUUCAAAAUCAUGAAGGAUGUUUUGUAAAUUAUUUUUUUUU